GAAUCUGAUUUGAACAUCAACAGGCAAUUUAACUUGCGGCUCACCCUACGCCUCUGCGGCUGGUGCAACCUCCAGUUCUUCAUCUUCGUUCGCUUCUUCGUGGAGGCCGAGGACAUGCAGAAGCAGUUUCUCGCCGUGACCGAGACUGCGAACACGGCUGCAGCAGACCAGCCCCUCUGCCUUACUCGAAACAAGUUUGGCGAAGGCUGUUCUGGCGGUCUAGUGGCUCUUUUCUUGGAGUUUAUGUUGCAUCCCGAGGUGCGUUCCUCCUUUCCUCCACCGCCCCCUAUCGCCUCGUUCUCCUUUCUAAUCCUCACUGUUGUUCCCUGA